CCGUUUAUUUUUGGAGGAAGGACGAUUGGAAUAGGGACAACAUACCAGAGGCGCGCAGAGGAGAGGUUCUACCUCCGUCUACGCCCACCCUCCGACUUCCCGUCUCGCCAUGUCCAGAAAUGAUGAGACCACCGACAAUGACGACCACCCGGUAGCCCCGUCGGCUGGGGAUCCCCCCCGUCCCAGCGAGGACGCCUCCGUCGACUCUCGCCCCGCCUCACUGCCCCGGAGUCACUCCCUACAAGGAGCCCCCCCGCGCAGCAGUCUAUCCCAGGCCCGCCCCUCACUCUCCCCGUCGCGAGCCCUCUCCGAUUCGGGCCGCCGCGCCUCCCAACAACAUGUGCGCUUUUCCACCGACCUCGAUCCCCCCGUCGCGGACGACUCGCGCCGAUCCUCCGCCGGUCUCCGACGCCCCGGCUCCAGGGGCCUCACCGUUGAUACCCACCUCUCCGUGAGUCGCGCCCACUCGCCGGGCAGGUCCCCCGAGCGGGCUACCUCCCCCCUCUCCCCCACCCACCCCGGGGAGCCCCCCUCGCCCCAGAGCCAGGGCCCCGACGCCGGCGGCCGCUCGCGGUCGCGCAACCGUGGCUAUUCCCUGCGGCGUACUCUAUUCGCCAAGAACAUCGAACAGCAGCCCGACACGGCCACCCCGUCCGCCGACGUCGCCGAGACAGAGGAACCACCGUCCCCACCCCUACCGGCCAGCCCGCUGCCACCGCCGGACAUCGCGGUCCAGCCACCGCUCCCCGCUCCGUCGGCCCCGCAGGAGAAGUCCGAGGUCGUCGUGGCCCAGCGGUCGUCGACCUCCGACUCCACCCCCAAGGACGAUGGCUCGACCACCUGCUACUCCGAGCCCAAGGAGGGCCGCCACCUCUCCAUGACCCUCUCGUAUGACCGGUUGCGGAAGCGCACCGCCGCGAUUGAGACGUUCAAGGUCCGGGUCCACGAGAUGCUAGAGACCGCGCGCAAGACCAUCCUCCGCAUCCAGGACAUCCCCCCGAGCGCGGACGGCCGCCACAUCGACCUUGAGCCGAUGCGCGCCGAGGACCGGCUGGACGAGCGCACCGGGAAGCCCUACAUCGGGAACGCCAUCCGUUCCAGCCGCUACAGCUUGUGGAGCUUCUUCCCUCGCCAGCUGUUUGCUCAGUUCACCAAGCUGGCCAACUUCUACUUCCUCGUCGUCGCCAUCCUGCAGAUGAUCCCCGGCCUGAGUACCACGGGAACCUUCACCACCCUGGUGCCGUUGCUGAUCUUCGUCGGCAUCUCCAUGGGGAAGGAAGGGUUCGAUGACUGGCGCCGGUACCGCCUCGACCGCGAGGAGAACAACCGGAUCGCCUGGGUCCUGCGGCCGGGUGCCGGGUCGACAAUGCCACCGCAAUCGGCGGCGGCGUCGGCCCGCGACAGCGUCUCCGUCGCCAGCGAUGCCCAAGACUGGACGCCCGUCAAGUGGAAGGACAUCAAGGUCGGCGACGUCGUCAAGCUCAUGCGGGACCAGCCGGUGCCCGCCGAUCUGGUCCUGCUCCACGCUGAGGAGGCCAACGGCAUCGCCUACAUCGAGACCAUGGCCCUGGACGGUGAGACCAACCUUAAGAACAAGCAGCCGUGUCAGGUGGUCGCCAAGGCCUGCGACUCGGUCGAGGGAAUCUGCGGCAACGCCAUCCACUUCGCCGUCGAGGACCCCAACCUCGACCUCUACAAGUUCGACGGCAACGUCGUCGUCGCCGCCGGGGAGAAGGCGCCGCUGACCAACAACGAGAUCCUCUACCGCGGCAGUAUCCUGCGCAAUACCCCCGAGGCCACCGGCAUGGUCAUCUACACCGGCGAGGAGUGCAAGAUCCGCAUGAACGCCAACAAGAACCCGCGCAUCAAGUCCCCCGCGCUCCAGGCCCAGGUCAACCGCGUCGUCGUGCUGAUUGUCUUUCUCGUGCUGGCGCUGGCCGCCGCCUGCACCAUCGCCUACCGCUACUGGUCACAUGACGUCGAGUCGCGGGCGUGGUACCUGGCCGACUCGACCGUGUCGUACGGGCCCAUCUUCACCUCCUUCCUCAUCAUGUUCAACACAAUGAUCCCCAUCUCCCUCUACGUGAGCAUGGAGAUCGUCAAGGUCGCCCAGAUGCUCAUGCUGAACGCCGACAUCGACAUGUACGACCCCGAGACCGACACCCCCAUCGAGGCGCGCACCUCGACCAUCAACGAGGAGCUCGGCCAGGUCAGCUACGUCUUCUCCGACAAGACCGGCACCCUGACCAACAACUCCAUGCGCUUCCGCAAGAUGAGCGUCGCCGGUACCGCUUGGCUCCACGACGCCGACCUCCAAGAGGAGGCUGCCCGGUCCGACGACCGCGAGCGGCUGGUCCAUAAAAAGCGUGGUGCCAAGGCCCGUCAGUCCAUGGCCCGCCAGUCCAACGUGUCCGAGGCCAUGCGGCCGAGCUUCGCCCGCGCUGGCUCCGCGUCGCGGCCCUCCGGGGUUGCCAUCGCCAACACCGCUGGUCCGCGCCCUGACCCGGGUGCGACGAACCGCACCGCCGACAUGCUUGCCUACAUUCAGCGCAAGCCCUACACUGUCUUCGCCCGCAAGGCCCGCAUGUUCCUGCUCGCCGUCGCGCUGUGCCACACGUGUAUCCCCGAGGCGGAUGAGUCUGGCGCCAUCAACUUCCAGGCAGCGUCGCCCGACGAGCUGGCGCUGGUCAUGGCCGCACAGGAGCUCGGGUACCUGGUCUGCGACCGACAGGCCAACACUGUCACCCUGCGGACGUACCCCGACGGCGGGGCCGGGUCGGCCCCCGCCCGCGAGGAGGUGUAUGAGGUCCUGGACGUGAUCGAGUUCUCCAGCGCGCGGAAACGCAUGUCGGUGGUGGUGCGGAUGCCGGACCAGCGCAUCUGCCUGUUCUGCAAGGGCGCCGAUAGUCUGCUGAUGCAGCGCCUCAAGCGCGCCGCUCUGGCGCAGGAGAAGGCGACCGAGAUCGAGCGACGCGCGAGCAAGCGCAAGGCGGUCGAAGCCAACCACGUCAUGCGGCGCAACAGCGAGUAUCAGAGCCAGCGCCAGAGCGGCGUCCGGAAUAGCUACAGCCGGCCGAGCAUGACGCAGCGCCGAUCGAGCGUCUCGGGCCAGCGCGUGUCGGCCCUCCGAGACAGCAUCGACGUCUGGCUGCGGGACCGGGAAACCGAGGGCGGCCUCACGACGAAGGGGCGGGACCCCGCUUAUUACAGUCCGCGGCCGUCGGCCCAGCUGGGCCGACAGUCGACGGCGCUGUCUGACGCGGGUAGCUGCGUGGUCGAGGAGGAGGAAGACGAGGAGCUGGUGGAGGAGGCGCUGGUCGUCGACGAGUCGGCCGUCUUCGAGCGGUGCUUCCAGCAUCUCAACGACUUUGCCACCGAGGGCCUUCGCACGCUCCUGUACGGUCACCGGUUUUUGGACGAGGCUACCUACAACAGCUGGAAGGCCGCCUACCGGGAGGCGUGCACCAGCCUGGUCGACCGCCAGGACAAGAUCGAGCAGGUCGGCGACGAGCUGGAGCAGCAGCUCGAGCUGACCGGCGCUACGGCGAUCGAGGACAAGCUGCAGAAGGGCGUACCCGAGGCGAUCGACAAGCUGCGACGCGCCAACAUCAAGCUGUGGAUGUUGACGGGCGACAAGCGCGAGACGGCCAUCAACGUGGGCCACUCGUGCCGUCUGGUCAAGGAGUACUCGACCCUGGUCGUGCUCGACGAGCUGGCAGGCGAGGUCGAGGCGUCGAUCGUGCGGCUGACGGCCGAGAUCCGGCACGGCGGCGUGGCGCACUCGGUGGUGGUGGUGGACGGACAGACACUAUCGACCAUCGACGCGGACGAGACGCUGCGGGAGCAGUUCUUCCAGCUGGCCAUCCUGGUCGACUCGGUCAUCUGCUGUCGCGCCAGCCCCAAGCAGAAGGCCUCGCUGGUGCAGUCGAUCCGGCUGCAGGUCAAGGACUCGAUCACGCUGGCGAUCGGCGACGGCGCCAACGACAUCGCCAUGAUCCAGGAGGCGCACGUGGGCAUCGGCAUCGCGGGCAAGGAGGGCUUGCAAGCGUCGCGGAUAUCGGAUUACUCGAUCGGACAGUUCCGGUUCCUGCUCAAGCUGCUGCUGGUGCACGGGCGGUGGAACUACAUGCGCGCGUGCAAGUACACGCUGGGCACGUUCUGGAAGGAAAUGCUAUUUUACCUGACGCAGGCGCUGUACCAGCGCUGGAACGGGUACACGGGGACGAGUCUGUACGAGAACUGGAGUCUAAGUAUGUUCAACACGCUCUUCACCUCGCUGGCGGUCAUUUUCCUCGGCAUCUUCACCAAGGACCUGGCAGCAUCUACGCUCCUCGCGGUGCCAGAACUGUACACCAAGGGCCAGCAGCACGGGGGGUUCAACAUCCGACUCUACCUCGGCUGGACAUUCAUGGCAACCUGCGAAGCAAUGAUCAUCUUCUUCACCAUGUUCGGGCUCUUCGAAAACGUGCUCGCAACCUACACAGGCAGCGACCUCUUCGCCGCCGGCCUCUUAACCUACACCGCCUGCGUGAUCGUAAUCAACACGAAGCUCCAAGUCCUCGAAGUGCACAACAAAACCUGGCUCUCCGUCGUGGUCUUCAUCAUCUCCGUCGGCGGCUGGUUCGUCUGGAACAUGAUCCUCGCCCGCCAAUACGACAUCAAGACCGGCGACGGCAUCUACCGCGUGCCCGGCCACUUCCUCUUCAUCGUCGGCCACGACCUCGCCUUCUGGACGGUUCUCCUCCUCGCCGUCGCCGCCGUCCUCCUCUUCGAGAUAACCGUCAGCGCCAUCCGCGCGAACCUCUUCCCCACCGACGUCGACGUCUUCCAGGAAUACGAGCAGGACCUGGCCAUCCGCCGGCGGUUUGAAGAAGCCGCUGCCCUGGAACUCCAGCAGGGCUGGGACCACGGCUCUAAAAAGGCAAGCUUCGAACUCGACCGGGAGGAGGAGAUGAUCGCGCGCGAGAAGCAGGUUCAGGAACUGCUGGCGCGGCCGCGCGUCAUGGAGAAGGCGGACGGCACUACCACUACCACUACCACUGCCACUGCUGUCGGGCCUGAUGCCCAGGGGGGCGCGAGCAGGAUGUCUAUUGAUCGGGCGAGCAUGAGACGCCGGUCGGUGGACGUUCACGAGUUGUUUAACAUAAUAUGGAAGGAUAGACUAGGCCAGUAUCCUCUCCGUGUCCGGAGAGGAUAUACUAUGCUAGUUGCUAGGAAUACUAGGUACCUACCUAGCUCGAUGAGUAAGGAGAACGAGGCAGAUUUUUUAUGUUGCUCGGUGAGAAAUCAGGACCCGACCGGACUUCACGGAGGUGGACCGGUUACCGUCCGGGUUUUCAAUGCUGGGUGGUGGAUGGAUGGAUGGGAUGGUUUGUUAGGGGAUAACUACUUUGGUCGGAAACACCCGGUUGGAACGGUCCAGGUCACGUUGGGUUUGGUGCUAGGGUGGAUAUGGAUGGUGGAUGUGGAUGUGACCAUCCAAAAGGGGGGAAGUGCUGGUCUUGCCCCACGUCGUGUACCUGGCGAUUACUCAUAA